AUGGAUUCUAUCACCUCCAAAUACACAUUUUUACACGGCGAAUAUCUUUCAAAGGGUAUAUACUCAAGCAUAGCUCGCGAGUGUUUGAUUGUAAUCUACUUAGCUGCACCACCAGAAGCUAAAUUUUGCUGGCGGCGCAUCCAGCAGGCCCUGGGAAAUGGCCAGUGA